GCUCCUCCAUUGUAGUGAAGCUCCUCCCCCAUCAGUCCUGCUAUAAAUACUGCAAUAUUCCCAUCAGUCUUCAAGACGAGGGCCAGACCGUCAAGAAGGAGUGAAAUCUGCAAAGAUGAAGGAUGUUGAAAACAUGAGUGAUCCAAAACACUGCACAACUGAAGAUGAAGAGACUGAAGAAGAAACAGACUUUAUUGAAGAGAAUAAGAGUGAUGAUGACAGACCUGUAAACGCUGACAAAAUGCCUCAUUUACUGACUGAAGGCUUCACUGUUCAUGGUCCCUCUGCUCCUCUGUCUGCUCCUUUGGGAUCUUCAGUGGUUUUGCCCUGUUAUGUUGAUGAAGCUUUACCAGUGGAAGAUUUGGAGGUGGAAUGGAGACGAGCAGACUCAGAGACUCUGAUUCAUCUGUAUCAAGAUGGUGAGAGUCGACCAGAGGUCCAGCAGCAGGAUUAUCAUGAUAGAGCUCAUUUCUUUACUGAGGAGAUUCAACAUGGAAACUUCUCCCUCCGUCUGGACAAUCUGACAGCUCAAGAUGAAGGAGAAUACAGGUGUAGAGUUCACAGUCAGCAGGAAUCUGGAGAAACUGUGGCUCAGAUAAAAGAUGUUGAGCGUUUGCUGGUGUCAGGCUCAGAUGAGUCCAUCUCUGCAUAUGUUAGUGAUGACGUGACUCUGAACUGCUCUGUAGACUCUCACGUCACACCUGAACACACUGAAGAGGUUUCAUGGAAGAAAACAGAUAAAGAUGGAGAUAUUCUGGUUUUGCUGUAUCAAAAUAACGAGACCAUAUCAGAGGCGACACAUAAGCGAUUCAGAGGCAGAGUUGAGUUCUUCACUGCUGAAAUCCCCAAAGGAAACUUCUCUCUCAGACUGAAGAGUGUCAGAACUGAGGAUAAAGGAGUUUACAUGUGUCAAGUGUUUGCUGGAGAUUUAUCAGCCAGUGUUACUGUGGUACUAAAGAGACUGGGUUUCUCAGUUUUACACAUAAUAUUGAUGAUUCUCUGUGUUUCUGCAUCUGGAUCUGCUCUUCUGCUAUGCUUCAUGAUCUACUGCAGAUCUCCUACUAAAGGGAUCAUUCAACCAUUUGUUCCUUUGGGAUCUUCAGUGGUUUUGCCCUGUUAUGUUGAUAAACCUGUGAAGGAUCUGAAGGUAGUGUGGAGAAGAGCAGACUUAGAGUCAGACUCAGAGACACUGGUUCAUCUGUAUCAAGAUGGUGAGAGUCCAGCAGAUGUCCAGCAGCAGGAUUAUCAUGGCAGAGCUCAUUUCUUUACUGAGGAGAUUCAACAUGGAAACUUCUCCCUCCGCCUGGACAAUCUGGGAACUGAAGAUGCUGACGAAUACAGAUGUAAGUGA